GAAUGCUGCUACUCAUCUUCAUGUAUGCCAAUAGAGCUGGGAGCCUUCGUGAAGAGAUAGCUUAGGAGCGGCAUUGAAGUUGCGCGAAAUAUUCAAGGCGCGAUCUGGUCGAAACAAAGAGCAAUAUGGCGGACUUUGGAAAGAAAGUUGACGAAGCGACGGACGGGGAGAAACCGCAGAUUUUGGGUGUUGUUGCAUUGGCGGUGGAUAGGGAUGGCAACACACUCCUCUCCCACGCCUCCGGCAAAACCUCCCUAAAACCAGACGCACCCCCCAUCUCCCCCUCCUCCGUCCUCGUCCUCGCCAGCUGCACCAAACUCCUCACCUCCCUCGCCUCCCUCCGCCUCGUCCAAGCCGGGACCCUAGCUCUCGAUGACCCCGCGCUGAUCGAGACAUACCUCCCCGAGCUGUGGCACCUCGACGUCCUGACCUCCGCCCCCGGCGAGGACCUCAAAACCGCGAAGCGCGAGAAACCAAUCACCCUGCGCCAGCUGCUGACGCACUCCAGCGGCAGCAGCUACGACGUGCUCGACCCGCGGCUGAUGGACUGGCGCAGCGCGCGUGGCGAGCCGCCCAUGGCGUUUGCGGGCGAGCUGCCCGGCGCGAUUACCACGCCGGCGCUGUUCCAGCCCGGCGAGGGGUGGGCGUACGGCGGGAACUUGGACUGGGCGGGCUUGCUAGUGGAGCGCGUGAGCGGGCUGACGCUCGGUGCGUUCCUGCGGAGAGAAGUAUUCGACGUCGUGGGCUGCGAUGCGCGCGUGGGGUUUGACAGGCGGGAAGUCGCUGGCGAGCAAGGCGUGGUGCAGACGGUGACGAACUGGGAGGACGGCAGCUUGGUCGACUACCCGUGGCCGCCGGCGCAGUUGAAGAGCCACAGGGGCGGCGGCGGGCUGGACUGCUCGGCGGAGAACUACGUCAAAGUGCUCGCGGAUCUGAUUGCGGUGGAGCCGAAGAUUCUGAGUAAAGACACGCUCGCGCUGCUCUUCGCGCCGCAGUUCAGCGAGGGCUCGAAGCCGCUCGCGGCGCUGCGGGCGGCGUCUCCGGUCUUCACGAGCAUGACUGGCGCGCUGACGGGCUCGCUUUCUUUGGCGUCGAUCAACCAUGCGUUAGGGGGCUUGCUUAUCACAGAGGAUAAUCCGGAGCUGGGCAAGUCGGCAGGGACGAUGGCGUGGGGUGGUGCGUUUAAUUGCCUGUGGUUUGCGAACCGGGAGGCGGGGAUUGCGGGGUUCUAUGGGAGUUCAAUGUUCCCGCCUGGAGAGAACAGGAGUAGUGAGUUGAUGGGGACGUUUGUGAAGGAGGUGUGGAGUAAGGCUGGGGCGAAGGGGAAAUUGUAAAGGAGCAAGGGGUUGCGAGAUUGGGGGAAUUAAUACGUGGGCAGACGAAAAGGAAAGAGAGAUGAUAUAGCAGAAGUCCUUUCUGUACAUGCACUCUUCAGUGUGCAAGUUGCGAUAUACAUUCCACGACG